GAGAGGGAGCCAGGCAGUCCCUGGGAGAGGAAGGCAAUGCCUGCACCUGCGGCCAAGGUCACUUGACAAACCAGUGGACACGUAUUGCAUGCCUCCUCAGGCGAGAUGUGCACCGCUAAGGGUGCGUCAGUCCCCUGGGCCUUGGCUCUGUCCAGGUCAAGUGUUCACCCAUUCAUGGGACAGGCUGCCCCGGCUCGGCCUGCCCAGCCUCUGACUCACCAGACUGGUGACCAAAUUACUGGAAUCCUAUCCACACCCAGUUCAUCCCUGCUCCCCUAAGGCUUACAGACGGUUGUUAGAACUGACUGCCUAGGAGGUACUGACCCGGUGGCCACCACUUCUCCCAGGUCCCUGCUUCUCUUAGAACAGCCAUGGUUCCAAAGCACAAGCUCCAAGUGCAGCAUGAGGGUCCUGAGAAGACGAAGGGGCGACAGGGGGCAGAAGAAGAGGACAGUUUCCGUUCCACUGCUGAGGCCCUUAAGGCCGCACCCACAGAGAAGUGCAUAGCCCGAGUGGACCCCUCAUGUCCACUCAGCUGCAACCCUGGAACCCAGGUGCAUGAAGACUACGACUGCACCCUGAACCAAACCAACAUUGAGAGAAACAACAACAAGUUCUACAUCAUCCAGCUGCUGAAAGAUGCUGACUGCUUCUUCUGCUGGACCCGCUGGGGACGCGUGGGGCACUUGGCACAGGCCGGCACAACAGAGGCAAGCAAGCAUUUGUGGCAGGCACUGUGGCUGUGUCGCUUACAGGGAGAGGUGGGCCGGUCAAAGCUCAGCCCCUUCGAGUCACUGGAGGAUGCAAAGAAGAGUUUUGAGAAGAAAUUUCGGGACAAGACCAAGAACAGCUGGGCAGAGCGGGACCACUUUGUGGCCCAGCCCGGCAAGUAUACACUUAUCGAGGUGCAGAGAGAGGACGAGGCCCAGGAAGUCGUGGUGAAGGUGGACGGAGGCCCAGUGAAGGCUGUGGUUCAGCGGGUGCGGCCCUGCUCCUUGGACGCAGCUACGCAGAAGCUCAUCACCAACAUCUUCAGCAAGGACAUGUUCCAGAAUGCCAUGGCCCUCAUGAAGCUGGAUGUGAAGAAGAUGCCACUAGGGAAGUUGAGCAAGCAGCAGAUCGCCCGGGGUUUCGAGGCCUUGGAGAAAGUGGAGGCGGCCUUGAAAGCCCCCACAGAUAGUGGGCGCAGCCUGGAGGAGCUGUCCUCCCACUUCUACACUGUCAUUCCCCACAACUUUGGCCGCAGCCGGCCCCCGCCCAUCAACUCCCCUGAGCUUCUGCAGGCCAAGAAGGACAUGUUGCUGGUCCUGGCGGACAUCGAGCUGGCCCAGACCCUGCAGGCCGCCACUGAGGAAACAAAGAAAGUGGAGGAAGUGCCACACCCACUGGACCGAGAUUACCAGCUCCUCAAGUGCCAGCUCCAGCUGCUGGGCCCAGAGACCCCUGAGUACAAGGUGGUACAUACCUACUUAAAACAGACUAGCAACAGCGACAGGCCUCCUGCUCUUCAACAUGUUUGGAAGGUGGACCGAGAAGGGGAGGGAGAUCGGUUCCAGGUCCAUGCCAAGCUGGGCAAUCGGAAGCUACUGUGGCAUGGCACCAACGUGGCCGUGGUAGCCGCCAUCCUCACCAGUGGGCUCCGCAUUGUGCCACAUUCUGGAGGCCGGGUCGGCAAUGGCAUCUACUUCGCCUCAGAGAACAGCAAGUCGGCUGGCUAUGUUACUGGCAUGUCCUGCGGGGCCCAUCACAUUGGCUACAUGUUCCUGGGUGAGGUGGCACUGGGCAGAGAGUACCACAUCACCGUCGAUGAGCCCAGAUUGAAGCAGCCACCCUCUGGCUUCGACAGUGUCAUUGCCCGUGGCCACACAGAGCCUGAUCCAACCCGGGACACCGAGCUGGAGCUAGAUGGCCAGCGAGUAGUGGUGCCCCAGGGCCAGCCCGUGCCCUGCCCAGAUUUCAGAAGCUCCAACUUUUCCCAGAGUGAAUAUCUCAUCUACCAGGAGAGCCAGUGCCGCCUGCGCUACCUGCUAGAGAUUCACCUCUGAGCUGUCUGCCCAACCCUCCCGCCCCCUGGGCAGGAGCUCAACCAUCAUCCUCAAUCCCAUAUCAACUUCCUGCCUUCACAUCUCCCUCCUGUGUUCCAGGGAUUCCCUCUCCCUCUGAUCCUUGUUGGUUCUGGCAUGGCUGUGGCCUCAGUCUCACCUCCUAAGGUGAUGGGUGUGAUGGACUGCAACACGAAUACAGCAGCCUAUUCAAGGCUGUGUAGUUAGGGGGGCACAAACUAAGAGUGGGUGGGUCCCACAUCCACCCAGGGCAUCCUCUGUGGCCUAACUGUCCAUCCAAGAGAGGUGAGAUGAUGGAUUUCCCUGGCGGUCCAGUGGUUAAGACUCUGCUUUCACUGCAGGGGGCACAGGUUCGACCCCUGGUUGGGGAAUUAAGAUCCCACAAGAUGUAUGGCAAAAAAAUAAAUGAAUUCUCUGUGAA